AUGAGAGAACCGGUGGAGAAGAUCACAGGGUGCGACUCUAGCACUAUAUGCAGUCAAGCAACAGCAAAGACCAAGGUUCCGGUUAAAAAACGACCUGCGAAGUCGACCGGAAAGUCAUCCAGGAAGCCGACCAGAAGGGUGGAACUGGACUCAAGUAGUGAGAGCGAGGAUGGUAAUGGUGAAGGUGAUGAAGAGGUUCAAUUACCGCCUUCAAAGCUCACAUUGGCCGGAAAGCAGGGCAGAGAUGUCCAAUUUGCUCCAGUUAAAAAACCUGCAGGCAUGACCGGAAAGUCAUCCAGAUGGCAGACCGGAAGGGUGGAACAGGAGUCAAGUGGUGAGAGCGAGGAUCUUGAUGAAGCUCAAGGCGAUGAAGAAAUUCAAUUAUCAACUUCAAAGCUCACAUCGGUCGGAAAGCGGGGCAGAGCUGUCCGAUCUGUUCCGGUUGAACAACCGCCUAGCAAGUUGACCGGAAGGUCAUCCGGGAAGCUGACCGGAAGGGUGGAACAGGAGUUGAGUAGUGAGGGUGAGUUUGGUGAUGAAGGCGAAUGUCAUGAAGGAGUCCAAUCCCAGCCUUCAAAGCUGAAAUCAAUCAGAAAGCGGGGCAGGGCUGUCCAAUCUGAUUCAGAGCAAGAUUCCUGCCUACUGGUCAAGAAAGCCAAACCAAAUGUCAUUAGGCGCAACAAACCAUUGGAGGACAAUGCUGGCACUCCUUCAGCAGAAUCAUCCAGUAACCUUGAUAGGGCACCACUGCCUUCAAACGAUGCCCGUGGAAGUCGCUUAGUAGGUCCUGCAUCAGCCAUCCAGAUGAAGGAGACAAGGAAUAAGAUACCUGCACCCGAACAAACAGCUCCUUCCACCACACAGGCCACUGGUAAGAAAGCCAAAAGAGAUGGAGCUCAAGUCCACAAUCCGGAGCCAAAGCAGUCGACUAAAACUGCAAAGAUGUCUUAUAAAGUUAAUUACAUGCAAAGGGAGUAA